GCCCUGUCGAAUCAUCUCACGACAGCAUCUAAUCUUCUUUUGCUGCGAUUCGUCUCGUCUUUCAAUCAUAUUCUUAUACUCAAUCGCCUGGAAGGUCCCAAUGGCACCUCCAAUGACCCCCAAUCUUGGACCUCUCUACAGAACCCUCUACCCUAUCAAAACCCCAGACCGGACCAUUCAGCGAAAGUCUCACCCCCUCCGCGUUCUCGCCCUCGGCCUCUCCCGCUCCGGAACUGAUUCCCUGCGCACCGCCUUAGGGACUCUCGGUUAUGAAAAUGUAUAUCACGGAUACGUGAUCCCCUUCGCUCAGCGCACCGAUCCCGCCAUCUGGUGUCCCCUCAUGCAGCGCAAAUAUGCAGGCACCUUCACCGCCGCCAAGCUUAGCUGUCAGAGAACAGAAUGCCAUAGGCACCAGUGGGUGUCAGGACACUGAACGCAGGACACCGGCGGGCCGCCGGAGGGGUGUUUCGGACAAAAGACUCCCGAAUCAUGAUUACAAUCUAUGUGAAGCUUUGGGAUGACGAGAGUCAAGAUCCUUGGCAUCGCCGACCCUGCUGUUAUGCCGGGUCCAAGCGGCGGCCUAG